AUGCCCUCGUUCACCGACCACAACGGGGGGGACUCCGGUUCUGAGCUGCCAGGUAUACAGCCUAUCCUGGGUACUGGCCUCAACGUCCGCUCUCCCAAGAUUACAAUUGACAAUGGAAAUGGAAAUACGACCAUGACUCCGCCGGAUGGACACGUUCCCAGAAAACACCGUGCGUCGGUGGGAAAGAAGACCACCGCGCGACCACCGACAUACAACGAGUUCGCGCUAGAUGAUACGGAGCCAAACGGUGCGAAUGAUCCUCAGGAUACUUUGUUCAGCCAGGUGUACGAGUGGCUUCAGCAUGAGAAAGCGAAGCAACGGGGUCACAAGUUGCGGAUAUCGGGCGAUGGGAAUGGGAUGGAUAGUGCGCUGGCAAGUGAUGGAGAUGAUGAUGAUGAUGAUGAAGAUACCCACGCUCAACCGAGGACCGCUGCGUCCAAGAACAAGACUUUAGCCCUCGAGGGAUUGGAAAAAAUCCUGCUCGAAUACACCACUUCUCGAUACGAUGGCAGCAACACCUCCGUUUCCUCCACGCGACGAUUUGGCCGCCGGCGCCAGGGUAAGAAGGGUCUGCGCAGGGCCUCCGCCUCCGAGUCUGAUAACCUGGAUGUCGAGUACGGUGUGCCUUAUGUUGAUGCAUCGCUGGAUAACUCCAGGACACUGGGAUACAGCGGUGGCGCCGCGGAGGACGAACAGGAUGGGGCCACGACUGAUUCGAAGCGCGCUAAGGAACGAGAUGCUUGGUUGACAUUCAAGAACGAGAUUGUCCGUUUGGCUCAUACGAUGGGGGUCAAGGGGUGGCGGAAGUUCCCUAAGGAGUGUGCUGGUGAUAUUGAUGUGGUUCGACUUAGCGGUGCUUUGACCAAUGCGGUCUAUGUCGUGACACCACCGGCAAACCUUCCACCUCCUCCUAGAGCGGAAGAUGGAUCUUAUACUCUGGUUCCUAGACGGUCUCCUCAGAAACUUUUGCUUCGUAUCUACGGUCCCCAAGUGGAACACCUGAUCGACAGAGAAAAAGAGCUACAGAUCCUCCGCCGCCUGGGCCGAAAGAACAUUGGACCUAAAGUGCUGGGCACUUUUAACAAUGGCCGAUUCGAGCAAUACUUUGAAGCCCGAACCCUCACCCCAGAGGAUCUGCGGUACCCAGACACAAUGAAGUCGAUCGCCAAGCGGAUGAGAGAAUUGCACGAUGGCAUUGAGCUGGAGAAGGAGGAACGCGAAGGCGGUCCUAUGGUCCUCAAGAACUGGGAUAAAUGGGUUGACCGCUGCGAGCAAGUGAUCAGUUGGCUGGACAAGGAGAUCCAAUCGGACCACAACGAUGCGAAGGCGCAGGGUGAAUCGUGGCGUCGUCGUGGUUUCGUCUGUGGUGUCCCGUGGCCGUUGUUUAGGAGGGCGGUUGACCAUUACCGCAAGUGGCUUGAGGAUACUUGUGGUGGUGCUGAUGAGAUUAAGCGCCAGCUUGUUUUUGCGCAUAACGAUACGCAAUACGGCAACCUCCUCCGUCUAGAACCCAAGUCCGAAUCGCCAUUGCUACUCCCUGCAAACGAGCACAAGCAACUAGUCGUCAUCGACUUCGAAUACGCAUCAGCCAACACCCCCGGCUUCGAAUUCGCCAACCACUUCUCCGAAUGGUGCUACAACUACAUGGACCCCGAAUACUCCUACUACUUCGACAUCAAACAAUACCCAACCCCCGAACAACAACACAACUUCAUCUCCGCCUACGUCUCCCACCGCCCCUUCAACGGCCAGUCUUCGGUAUCACCAUCAGGAACCCCGCGAAUGCGCGCCGCAACAUCCAACCCACCAACAUUCAACCUCGACGACCACGACCCCAACCAGACCCAGAAAUACGCAGACGCCGAAAAGGCCGCUGAAGACAUCCACGAGGCUGAAGUACAGUUCUUCAUGAGACAGACUCGUCUGUGGAGAGUCAUUAACUCCGCGCAAUGGGUUGCUUGGGGUGUAGUCCAGGCUAAGGUGCCAGGCAUGGAAGAAGGUAUCGCAGCAGCUGAGGCCGAAAGGGCACGACAACAAGGCCACGAGAACGGUCACGGCCAAAAUGAAAACGGCAACGGACACUCGAACGGCUCUGCUGAACAAGAAAACGGUGGCGAUGGCGAUGACGAUGACUUUGAUUACCUUGCGUACGCGCAGGACCGGGCUAUGAUUUUCUGGGCUGAUAUGCUUGCAUUUGGCCUUGUGAAGGAGGAUGAGCUGCCGAGCCAUGUGGUUGAGCAUGUUAAGUCCCGGACUCUGGAGUAUUAG